UUCUCUUUCUCUAGCAAGCCCUAGGUAGCGAUCGCGAUCGUGUCGCCAUCGCGAAAAUUUCCGCAAGGAUGAUCAUCGGAGCUGGACACGCUGCGCUCAUCACUGGCGCUGGCUCUGGAAUCGGACGAGCGCUAGCGCUUGCGCUCGCUGAGAAGGGCGCCAGUGUCUCCAUUGUCGAUUUCGACUCUGGAAAUGGCCUCGAGACGCUCAAUCUAGUGAAGGAAGUCCAUUCCAGGCUCGGCAUCUCGGGCACGGCGGCCAUUUUUGUCCAGUGCGAUGUUACAAAACCUGAGGAACUUUCUCUCGCGUUUGCGAAGCACCACUCAGCGUUUGGACGACUCGAUGUUUGCAUCAACUCUGCUGGGAUUGGAGGCAAUUCUGAUUUUAUAAACGAUGACAAAGGAACGUGGAGGCGAGUGAUCGAUGUGAAUUUUGUGGCAAUUGUGGAGUGUACCCGGCAAGCGGUCAAAGCAAUGCGAGCUCGGGGACAACCGGGAGUGAUCAUAAACCUGGCAUCUGCGGCGGGAUUAUAUCCGGCUCCCCUGAUGCCAAUCUACUCCGGAAGUAAAGGUGGUGUUGUGUUGUUUACGAGAUCGCUAUCAAGACUUCGCAGAGAAAAAAUACGAGUGAACGCGCUCUGUCCCGAGUUUAUCGAGACUCCAAUGGCGAAGUCUCUGGAUAGGAAAAUAAUAGACAUAACCGGAGGUUAUCUAUCAAUGGACAAGCUUAUUCACGGGGCCUUUCAGCUCAUUGAAGAUGAUAGCAAAGGAGGUGUUUGUCUUUGGAUAACAAACAGGCGUGGUCCGGAGUAUUGGCCUUCAGAAGAAGAGGAAAACAAGUUCCUGGUACACGGUAGAAGAAAAAGAAUCCCUCAAGAAUCGAAAGGACUUCCGUCUCCAAAUCUGCCUACGUCCUUUGAUCAACUGAUGGUUCAUAAGCUGAGCAGCAAUUUUCGUGUGGCCACGAAAAUCGUCACGGUACCACUAAGACUUCCUGUGAGAGAAGGCCACGUACUUAUAAAGAACUACUAUGCUGGUGUGAAUGCAAGUGAUGUGAACUAUAGCUCUGGACGUUAUUUUGCAAAUGAGAAAGAAGCAUUGUCGCGCCUCCCUUUUGUUGCUGGCUUUGAGUCCGUUGGAGUGGUUGCAGGCAUUGGACCUGGCGUAGCUCUAGAUGAGAUUGCGCUAGGAUCUGCUGUUGCAACCUUUAGCUACGGGGGUUUUACAGAAUACUCACAGGUUCCUGCAAAGUCUGUCAUUCCUGUUCCUUCCCCAACUCCUGAAGUUGUGGCUAUACUUGUCUCUGGACUGACGGCUUCUCUUGGUUUGCAAGAGGCUGGCAAGAUGAGAUCAGGUGAAACUGUUCUUGUGACUGCUGCAGCUGGAGGAACUGGACAAUUUGCUGUACAGUUGGCAAAACUAGCAGGCAAUAAAGUGAUUGGCACCUGUGGUGGAAGUGACAAAGCUGCAUUGCUUUCGUCGCUUGGGGUGGACAGGGUUAUAGAUUACAAAGCGGAAGACAUAAAAACGGUUUUGAAGAAAGAAUAUCCACGUGGAGUAGACCUUGUCUACGAAUCUGUUGGCGGGACGAUGUUUGACACAUGCCUGAAUGCUCUUGCAACUUUUGGACGUCUGAUCGUCAUAGGAAUGAUAUCACAGUAUCAAGGAGAAGGUGGAUGGCAACCGAGAAACUAUCCUGGACUUUGCGAGAAGUUGCUGUGGAAAUCGCAAACCAUCGUUGGAUUCUACUUAAUGCAUCACAAUAAGCUUUGGAAAGAACACGUUGCGAAACUUCAUAGCUUACACAGUCGGGGGAAGCUAAAGAUUGCAGUUGAUCCAACACCCUUUACUGGCCUAAGCUCUGCAUGUGAUGCUGUGGAGUACCUUCAUUCUGGAAAAAGUGUUGGCAAGGUUAUCAUAAGAAUUUCCAUGGAUGCUCCAGCGCUUCAAAUCUCACGUUUGUGAUGUAUUGACACCUGACCUAUACUUUUUGGUCUUUCCUUUCUGCGAAUAAGAGCUUACACGUCAGUUUA